CUUGUUCUUCCAGUACCCCGCGCACUACGUAUAUUUCUUACCCAUUUUGCGUCUAGGCACAUCAUUCACUGGGCUUAGAAGCGGCGGGCUCUGUACAGUUUUAAAUGUCAGACAGCGCCCGGAGUUGCGAGAUGUUUUGCUUUUUCUCCGUCAUCAACUGCAGUCAACAAUACGGGCGAACAUGUUUUUUUCAAGCAUCCAUACUUUUACUAUCAACACUUGCGGCGGUGUGUGUCGCAAACGGCCAAGCUAGCCCGCUAAGCGCUUCCAUGCAGGCGCGCUUUGCAGGCUGCGCCGAGGGCUCGCGUAUGUGUACAGGUGCCGACGGCACCUCUCAGACAUACUACAGAUGCACCAACGGCGUAUGGACCCUCUUCACGUGCGGCAGCGGAUACUUGUGCGUGUCAGGCGUGGUUGGGCAAGCGUCGUGCCAGCCUAUGGUGCCACUGUGCGCCAGCGGGCAGCAAAAGUGCGUCGGGCCCAGAGCGUUCUUGUCAUGCGUCGGUGGUCAGUGGACGACUGGCUCAUGCAAGCCCGGCGACCGCUGCAUAAACAUCCCAGGCAAUAUGAUCAACUGCCAGGUUGGCGGCGGCAGAAGGGCCAGACACAACGUGCGCGAGAGCGCCCUGAUGAUCGUCCCCCCGAAUGCAAUCGUCUGAGUGUUUGGGCAAUAGUGGCAUUUCUUUUGCCUUCCAGUAUUAUUUUGCAACAAUGAAGACAACAAACAUAAAACGCAUAUGCCCAC